AUGCCUGGCGUCGACUCUUCCUUGGCGGCUAGCGCGUCCGCGUACCCACACGCAUCGGACCAAACUAUAGUCGGAUACAUCCUUAUCGCGCUCAUCAUUUUCGCGGCUAUGGCUUUGAUCUUUCGGUCCCUCUUCAAACUCGUCAAAGCUGCUCGACGUCUUGACAAGGCUGAUCUUAAAUCUGCAGCUGCUGUGGCUGCUUCUGAGGGGGAGUUGUCCACGUCGUCUACCUCUGCUGGUGCUGCUGUUGGUAAUCAUAACGCCCAGCACCUAACGCACCGCCUGAAAUCAGCCAUCCCACGGCGGUGGGACGACAUCGACGAUAAGCUGGACGAAUUCGAGCGGCUGACGAACAUGGGGGUCAUGGAGAAGGCAGAGCACGCGGACGAGGAAGGGGGCAUCGCAUCGCAUCCACACUCGAAAGCGAAUGCGAAAGCUAAAUGGAGGCUGACGGCUGGAUAUUUCAAUAAGACUGCCUCGACCUCGUCUCAACAUCAGGACCAGGACCAGCGGCAACAGCCGGAAGACCCAGCAAACACGACCACAGACUCUGAUCUGGAGCUCGAUCUCGAGGACACAUCCAUCAUCAAACUCCCCUCCCUCGACCUCUCCUCAACUCCAACACUCCCCUACCAACCCCACCCCUCAAAAGAACACCCAACAACACCCACGCACAAAGAAGUCCGCAGGAUAACAGCCAUCGACAUCCUAGAAGCACUAGCCAAAGUCGGGCGUCUCUCCCUCUCCUUAUCCUCCUACACCAACAGUACAUACACGGAGAAAAUGGACUCGCUACUCCCUCGCGUAUCGCGCGAUUCCAAGGCCUCCUUGGCUUCAACUCUAGAACGCGGGAACACGAGCGCGAAAGGCAACAAGGAUUGGAGAAGACUCACUGCGCUUGAUUAUCUGAGUAAAUUCGUCACUAGUGCGGUCCCGACGGAUAGGAAUAAACCGUUACCGCACCGGCCUAUUUCGGUCGUUGGGUCUGUGCAUAGCGGUGUGUCUGUGGAGGAUGUGGUUAUCGGUCCUCCUCCUCCUUUGGCGCUUGCUGUGAUUUCGGAGGAGGAUCUGGAGGGAGGAGGUGCUUAUGAAACUUCCGCUUGUCAAGACGACGACGGGAAGCAAGCUGAUUCCGAGACUGAGAAAGACGAUGCUUUACCCGUUCCAGUUGCACGUACGCCUUCGACCCAUCGUAGGUCCAUGACACUCCCUUUACAACAAGCCCUACCACACCUCAACCUCGCAUCGGGUCUUCCGUCUUCCUCUUCCCUUUCUUCUUCAUCGAAGACUGGAGAAAAACUCAUUCUUCAGCUUCAGCUUCAGGCAGAAAAAGACGGACAAGUCGUUUCCGAGUCUGACGAAAACACAACAACCACAGACGACUCAGAGCUUCGCCCAACAUCAGACAUACCCCACAUCACAGCACUCGCAGAACUAGCAGCGUCAAUCGUAGGCGAACAUCCAGACGCUCCACCCAUUUUGGAACGUGUCGCUUCUCUCUCCCUCCCUGCUUCUUCUUCGCUUUCACCUUUACCAUAUUCCCUUCCUCUGUUCGUUGACACCACCUCCCUUUCCCUCUCCCUCGACCCCACUUCCACUCCACUCCAGAAUCAGAAUUACAACCACCAAGCAACACCGUCAAAGUUCGCCUGGGCAGGCAACACCCACCGAACCACCUUCGGCCUCAUAACGCGCGCCAACGUCCCGCCUACCCCGCCUAGACUGGCUAUGUUCAUCGGUGUGGGGGAUGGGGGCGAUGUGGGGUUUAGGUCGAAUGCCGGGAGUGUUGUUGGUGUUGGGGGAAAGAAGAGUUUGGGUGCGGAUACGGGGAUCGUGCUUGUCCAGACGACGAGUUUGGAUUUGGGGAGGGGUGCGGGGGUGGGUGUGAGGGGUAGUGCGAGCGGGAAUGGGGGUGGGGGGCAAAUGUCAAUGGGAACGCGAAUGGGAGCACGAACUCAAAUGCGCCUGCGAGCCCUACCGGAAACCUCCUCCCCCUCACAAACCGUGGAUGCGAAUAGGAACUCUCAGGCACAUGUCAACGGGAACGCGAACGCGAAUGGGAGAACGAACUCAAAUGCGGCUGCGAGCCCUACCGGAAACCUCCUCCCCCUCGCAAACACAAACGCAAAUGCAACUACUAGCCCAGAUGCCAAUGUAAAUUCGGCUGUGACAGGGCCGGAGUUAUUGGAGAAAAUAAAGGAGGCUGUGAGCGAGAGCCAGAAUGAGGGUCAUCUUGGGAAGGCAGGUCAGGUUGAGAGCGAGGGCCAGGUUGAGGAGGAUCAGCUUAGGAAGGAGGGUCAAGUUGAGCAGCAGGAGGGGCUCCUUGCGAAGGACGGUCCGGCUUUCUUGAUGUCGAGACUCAGAAAAUCUUCAAAGAAGCCGAGGAAAGCUUUACGAAGCUUGAGUCUGAUGCUCGCGCAGCAUACCGCCAGAUGUGUCACCCUUGAGAAGUCGGGCUACGAGGAGCCCAAAGACGGACAAAUCUUCAAUGCUUAUAGAACCCUCAUCGCCCAGCUCCGCAAGCGAUUCAUUUUGCGUGGAUUCAUCGACUUUUUGGAGCAUUCUUGGGCAGAUGGGGUGAUACGGUCGCGUUCAGACCAACGGUUGCCUAUAGGGUGGUCUGUGGAUACUUUUCAAGACGUAAUGAACCUGUAUUGCUGGCGCUUAUGCGAAGCAGAGGUCUGCGUUGGCAUUGCUUGCGAGGACCAGGAGUUCAUUCUUGCAGAUUGCUGUUUCGGUAGUUUGGAUGAGGGAUUCGACGAGGAUCCGGAAUGCUGUGAUCUCUUUUUCCCCGUCUUCCCGACUCUUGCUCUUUACAUUCUCGGCACGGCAAACGAACAGUGUUCAUCAACCUCCACCCAUCGCCAGACUGGCCGAUCAACGAUCUGGAUAGACGUUGGCUUGGAAUCUGCGUCAGACGAGACGGUCACCAAGACUUUGGUCGUGAAAGGGUCUGUGAUCUUGACUGAUCUUACCGAUGAAGUUGUGAAGGGAGAUGCGGCUGUCGCUCAUGGAACGUUCUCUGACGUAUGGAAAGGUACUUGGAACGAUCCGAUUGAGAGACGCCCACGGCCGGUUGCCAUCAAGGUCCUGCGUCAAGUCAUGGUACAAAAUGUUCGAGAGAAGCUCAUCAAGGGAAACAUUCUGGUCGAUGAGCGUGGAUAUGCGAUCAUCACCGACUUUGGGCUCUCCAAGGUCAUCGAGGAAAUGUCCGAGACCAUCAGCAAGGGAACAUCUUUCUUUGCCGGGUCAACCAGGUGGAUGGCGCCAGAGCUUAUUAUGGCACUGGUGGAAGACGAUGGGCAAAUUCCUCCCAUUACAACGUUUAGUGAUGUGUACGCAUUUGCUUCGGUGUGCCUUAAGGUAGCAACUGGACAGCUUCCCUAUCCUCACAGAACAAACGACCAUGCUGUAACUGUGGAUAUCAUUCGAGGAGUCAAACCUACCAGGGGAGCAUGUUGCCUGGUCCAAGUCAAGAACGUGGAUGUCUUUUGGGAUACUAUACUCUGGAUCGCUGUUGGGACUCCAUUGAUUACCUCCGCCCUAGCAUGCGUGAGAUGCUCACGCUAUUGGAUGAAAUGGAUCCAGAGCGAUGAUCUGCUCCCCCAUCGUCCCUGCUCUACAUUUUCUUUUACUUUCAUUUUUCCCCCAUUCUUUUCGCUUUGA